CACAAAUUAUAUAAUUUUUGUCUGAUCCAAACGAAAAACUGCACCGAAGGAAAAAAAACUCUCAAAAGAAAAAAAGACAUAACUAUUUCACAAUCUCCCUUCGGUCAUUUUAGCACCGCCGCUGCCGCCCCCGCCACCACAGUUACCUCCAUAACCACAAUUACACAAUGUAAAUUGUCCUGAACUCUUCAAUUCCCCCCAUUUUAUUCUCGCAAAAUUGUCCAAAUUUUACCCGAGAAAUGAAAUUUCUAGAAUUAGGGUUUCGAGGAACUCAAUGAGAAAAAGAAAGAAAAGCACCAUGGACGAUUCCAAGGACUCGGCAUCGAAAUCAGUGAGCGAGACGGUUAACGGUUCACACCAGUUCACGAUCAAGGGUUACUCAUUGGCGAAAGGGAUGGGUCCCGGAAAAUGUAUAGCCAGUGAUAUUUUCACCGUAGGAGGUUACGAUUGGGCGGUUUACUUCUACCCCGACGGUAAAAAUCCGGAGGAUACCGCCAUGUAUGUUUCGGUUUUCAUUGCGUUGGCUAGUGAAGGUACCGAUGUACGAGCACUUUUUGAGCUUACCCUUGUGGACCAGAGUGGGAAAGGGAAACAUAAGGUUCAUAGUCACUUUGAUCGAGCGUUGGAGAGUGGGCCUUAUACGUUGAAGUAUAGAGGAAGCAUGUGGGGUUACAAGCGUUUCUAUAGAAGAACAACUUUAGAAAGUUCUGACUAUAUAAAGGAUGAUUGCCUAAUCAUGAACUGCACUGUUGGAGUGGUCAGAACUCGCCUCGAGGGGCCGAAACAGUGUUCUAUUCAUGUAUUGCCAUCAGACAUGGGUCAGAACCUUAAAGCUUUGUUAGAAUCUGAAGUUGGUUGUGAUAUAACUUUUCAGGUUGGGGAUGAGGCAUUUAAAGCACAUAAGUUGAUCCUUGCUGCUCGCUCACCUGUUUUUAGAGCACAGUUUUUUGGGCUUGUUGGGGAUCCUAACAUUGAUAAAGUAGUUGUGAAAGAUGUUGAGCCUUCUGUCUUCAAGGCAAUGCUCUUGUUUAUUUACUCUGACAAGUGUCCAGAUAUACAAGAGAUUACAGGCUCUGGGUCUACGUGUAUGUCUACCAACAUGGUGCAGCAUCUUUUAGCUGCCGCUGAUCUGUACAAUUUAGAUAGGCUCAAAGUGUUGUGCGAGGCAAAAUUGUGUGAAAAACUUAAUGCUGACACUGUGGCAACGACCCUUGCACUUGCUGAGCAGCACCAUUGCUCACAGCUUAAGGCCGUAUGUUUGAAAUUUGCUGCCACUCCAGCAAACUUGGGAGCGGUAAUGCAAUCAGAAGGGUUCCGGCACUUGGAGGAAUCUUGCCCAUCUUUGUUGUCGGAGCUAUUGAAGGCCUUUGCAUCCGUCGAGGAGUGUGCAACUAUGCUAUCAAGUAAGAAGAGGAGUGGCAGCAGUGUGUACGGGAUAGAUCUAGCAGCAGAAGUCGACGUGGCUGAACCGGUGAAUCCCAACGACAGGCGUGUUAGGAGGCGAUAAAUCCCAGCAGUAAGUGUGUUUGAACUGUUUGUAGGACUAACAUCCAUAUAUUUCUCUGGACUGCAAUUUUUAACGAAACCCCAAUUAUGUAUUUCAUGUUAAUAUUAGUUUUGUACUGCUUUUCCCCCCUGUAAAAAGUAACUCUGCUUGAAGGAGGAUGAAAUGUAUAUUCAGUCCAGUUUUUGCUUAAGCAGUUAUUUCUGGGGCAAA